CACACCACAAGAAACGUCAUAACAAGAUAUCGUUAGUGAAGUGUCAAAUCUGUAUAAUAAGAUUGCAAUAAACGGGAAAGGCUUUACUUAUUAAUAAAUUAUGAUUUUUUGAAUUACAUUAGAUUAUUUCAACAUAUAAUAUGUUUUUCGUAGGUCUCUUUAUUCAUUUAAUAUUUUUAUUUUCGAUAUUUGAUAUAUAUUUUAAGUCUCCGAUUGUCAAGGAUGUGGUUCCUUAUCAGCCAAAACAUGAGGCAGUGGCAGACCGGCUCGUGCUAUUUAUUGUAGAUGGAUUAAGGGCUGAAUCAUUUGUCAAUUACACAACAAUGCCGUACAUGAGAUCAGUUGCGAACUCUAUUGGGAGAUGGGGUAUAUCUAAUACUCAAGUGCCGACUGAAUCCCGACCAGGGCAUGUUGCGGUCAUAGCAGGAUUUUAUGAGGAUCCCUCAGCAGUAGCAAAAGGGUGGAAGGAAAACCCAGUUGAUUUUGAUUCAGUGUUUAAUCAAACAAAGCAUACAUGGUGUUGGGGUGCUUAUGAUAUUGUUAAUAUAUUUACUAAAGGUCAUGAUGACCAUAUAACUGGUAAUGUGUUUGAUCCAUAUGACAGUAGCUUCAGUACUAGUCAGAACACUACUCUAUUGGAUGCAUGGGUGUUCCACAGUGUCUCAGACUUGUUUUUAAGCGCUAAAAAAAAUGAGGAAGAAGCAGAUAAAUUAAGCAAAAAGAAAAUAAUAUUCUUUUUACAUUUACUUGGCACUGAUACUUCAGGUCAUACACAUAAACCAAAGACACCAAACUUUUUGACCCAGCUAAGAUAUGUGGAUGAAGGUAUAAAGGAAGUUGAGAAAGUCAUUAGAGAAUAUUAUGGUGAUGAUGGGAAGACAACUUUCUUAAUGACUUCAGACCAUGGCAUGACAGAUUGGGGUUCUCAUGGCUCUGGAGAUGAUCAUGAAACACAAACACCAUAUGUUGUAUGGGGUGCAGGUAUAAACACUAUCUAUAAUUGGGGUACUAGUGAUCCUGCAACACUGUUUAUGUCCUUGGACCAUAGACUAGAUCUCAAUCAAGCAGACCUUGCACCACUUAUGUCCACAAUUCUUUCCAUUCCAGUUCCAGUAAAUUCUAUAGGUGAAGUAAGAAUAGAAUUAUUGAACAUGACAUUAUCAAAUAAAGCUUUGGCUGUGUACAGUAAUUCCAGACAAUUAGCAGCACAGUAUAAUAAGAAAAGACUUGAUAUAGAAACUGAUGCAAUAUCAUACAUUUAUCAACCCUACAAUCCAUUGACUCGGGACAAAUAUGAUGAAAUUAUAAGUUUUACAGAGAAGUUGGUAUUGGAAGAAAAUUUUGAACAAUUAAUAUUAUUUAGUGAAGAGAUUAUUAGAUUAAGUCUUGCAGGCUUGAGAUAUUAUCACAAUUACUACCAAGGCCCACUUCUUAUUCUAGUCACUUUAUCAUUUAUGGGUUGGAUAGCAUAUUUACUUAAAAUUGUAUUGACACAAAAAAUCAAUGUGGAUCCGGGUUCUCCUAAUUUCAAGAGAACUUUAAGGUUUUAUGGUGUUCCAGUGACUGAACUAUUAAAUAUUAUAUUUUCUAUAUUAUGUUUUACAUCAUUCUGCAUAGUAUGUGUGCAAAAUUUACCAAUGCAGUAUUAUGUUUAUUUCUUAAUGCCAAUACUUUUGUGGUGGUAUGCCUUGUCACCAUUGCAUGUAUGGAUAAAGGCAAUAAGGAAACUUAAGGAAAACAAGAGUACAUACACAUUAUUUGUAGAAAUUAUUAGUUACAUUGUGGGAUCUUUUGCUAUGGGAUUGUCUUUCACCUAUAGGUGGAUGUUGAGCAUACCUCUGUUGGGCAUGGCUGUGUGGCCAUUUAUGUCCUCAUCAGGGAAACAUUUAAACAAGAAGCUACUUCCCGCCUGGUCCUGUGGGUGUUUGGCACUUAGUAUUUUUUCAUUCAUGCCUGUUGUUGGUAAGAAUGUAUAUAUUGAAUUAGUGGUAAUAGCAGGAUUGUUUUGGCUAGCUAUGAUAGCUAUUUAUACUAAAUCAGUAUUAUUGAACAAAAGACAAGAUAAAGAUGAAUAUAGAAGAGAAAUAAUAUUAAAUAUAAUUCAAAUGGUUCUCUUAAUUAUUUCACUACAGAAUAUAUAUGUUCAAUCAAAAAGGUUUGAUAAUGGCACUCCAGUUUCAACAUGGUAUCAAAUUAUAGCCUGGUUUAUUGCAGUAUUAUGCUUCAUCAUACCAGUUACAUUUUCAAGGAGACUGGUUUGUCGUCUCUUUGCUUUAAAUACAUCUAUAUUAAAUUUUUACCUAUUAUUAUCAGUCUCUCAUGAAGGAUUGUUUAUGGUGGCCCUGAUAUUAAAUAUAAUGUCUUGGAUAUUCAUUGAAUUUAAGUUGCUUCGUUUAAAAAAUGUGAAGAUCAUAGAAUGCAGUUUUGAAAGUGAACAAGAUGAUAAGAAAGGCGGUUUUCCAGUUAUUGAAAGAAGCAUAAACAAUGAAGAUUUUAGACGAGCAUUCUUUUUUAUAUUAUACAUAAUAUUAGCAUUUUUUGGCACAGGCAAUAUUGCAUCAUUGAAUUCAUUUGAAGUCAGAUGGGUGACUUGCUUCAUAACAUCUUUCCACCCAUUUGUUAUUACAACUCUAAUAUUAUUGAAAACCCUAGCACCAUUCCUCGUUGUUGCUUGUGGUUUUAGAGCGGUGCAAUGUUUGACAAAGGCACCUGUUGGUUAUUUAAAUAUAGUAGUUUUGAUGUAUUCAAACAUAAUGGGAAUUCAUUUGCUGUAUAAAGUGAAGAAUACAGGAAGCUGGUUGGAAAUUGGGACAUCAAUUUCUCACUAUGUUAUUGUUCAAGUAAUCACUCUAUUUAUUGUUUUGAUUAACCAGAUUGCAAGAUUAAUGACUGAUUUUAGUUCAUACAGCUUUGUAAAGAGAUUAUUAAAAACUCGAAAAAAAUACGAAUAAAUAAAAAUAAAACAUACAA